AUGCCCACUAGAGCAGUUCUUAGGGGUCCAUCCGGUGAUUUUUCGAAGAUUACAAUGUGCAAGCAGGACCGAAUCACUGCUUGGGGGACAAGGAUUUCUUGGUGUUCAGAUACAACCGCAAUAUGUGUUUUGAUGUACAAAUUUUUGAGAAAAGUGGAUGCGAGAGGAACUGUGUUUCAAUCACCCGGAUGCACCAAGACUCGACUGAAAAAAAUUAAGGAAGAAGAAAUGGACGUUACUGAUACGGUGAAGACCAAAUCACAAGUUCAAAUUGGAGGGAAGGCUAAGAAAAAAUCAGCAGAGGAAAAAGAUUUAGCCUCUUCCUCGAGGAAGCGGCCAGCAGGUAGAAAAAUUACAGCAAAGCUUUGUAAAGCGGCUAAAAAUUUCACCUCCAACUUCCCUCAUUUCAAGCAUUGCAUUACACGGUGUAAUGUGGAGGUCCCAUUCCUACUGACCAUCCCCACAUCUUUUCUCAAUGCACAUCUUCCUCAAGCCAGAACAGAAUUCACCUUCUGGACUUCAAAAGAGAAAUCUUGGGAGGUGACUUUGCUAUACACUGACACCAACAAGGUUUUCUCCAAAGGUUGGCGAAGAUUUGCAGUUGAUAACAAGCUGGAGAUGGAUGACAGUUGUGUCUUUGAACUUGUGGCACCUCGAGAAAUGAGAGUCCAUAUUUUUCCCACUGAGAGAGAAAACUGCAGUCAACUGUUUGUACAAGUUUGA